AUGUGCAAGGCCAUGAGCAAAGCAGCGAGCUGGGAGAUGGACGGACUGCGCGGCGACAGCAGCGGUGGCGGCGGCGGCAGCGGAGCCCCCGGGCAGUGCCGUAAUUUUCUCUCCUCGCCCGUUUUCGGGGCGGCGCACACGGGCCGAGCGGCCGCCGCCGCCGCUGCCGCCGCCGCCGCCUCGGGGUUCGCCUACGCCGGCGGAGGGGAGCGCUCGGGGGCGGCGGCGAGGCCCGACCCCCCGGCCAAGGACUGCCCAGGCUCCGCCGCGCCGGCCGCCGCCCCUGCGCUCGGCUAUGGGUAUCACUUUGGCAAUGGAUACUAUAGCUGCAGGAUGUCCCACGGGGUUGGGAUCCAGCAAAACGCCCUGAAGUCUCCCCCACAUGCCUCUAUUGGCGGCUUUCCCGUGGAAAAGUACAUGGACGUCUCCAGUCUGACCAGCACGAGUGUCCCCGCCAAUGAAGUCUCCUCCAGGGCGAAGGAAGUGUCCUUCUACCAGGGCUAUACAACCCCCUACCAGCACGUUCCUGGGUACAUAGACAUGGUCUCAACGUUUGGCUCUGGGGAACCGAGACACGAAACAUACAUAUCAAUGGAGGGCUAUCAGUCUUGGACUCUGGCUAACGGCUGGAAUAGUCAGGUUUACUGUGCCAAAGAUCAGACACAGAGCUCACACUUUUGGAAAUCGUCCUUUCCAGGGGACGUUGCACUAAACCAGCCCGAUAUGUGUGUCUACCGGCGUGGGAGAAAGAAGCGAGUGCCCUACACAAAACUGCAGCUUAAAGAACUCGAGAAUGAAUAUGCCAUUAACAAGUUCAUUAACAAGGACAAGAGGCGAAGGAUAUCCGCAGCCACAAACCUGUCUGAGAGACAAGUUACCAUUUGGUUUCAGAACAGGAGGGUGAAGGAUAAGAAAAUAGUCUCCAAACUGAAAGACAAUGUAUCUUGA